ACUUUCUCUUGCAACAUUGGUAGUGUUUGACGUUUCUUAUUGGUGCAAAAUUUGUGUAUUUUCGGGUGAUAAUGGGAUUAUCUGACACUAUUAUUUAAUUGUGACCUACUAUUAGCAUGAAAAUUUACGUUUUUUUGUCCGGUUCUGUGGUAAACAGUUAAAUAUUGCUAUUCAGUUAAUUCAUGUUAGCCAACCUUGACCAUCGCGAAAAACCCUGAACUUUCAAGGUUAAAAAUAUGCUACAGCUGAUGCAGAGAUCAUCCGAGUUUCGAAUUAAUUUUAAUCACACUAAAUCUACAUGAAAUUAUAAAAGUCAACACGUAAAUCACAUUACACUCGUCGUUAAAUAAACCCAAGUGUAAGUUGGAUUCGUGGUUUCGGCACGGGGUAAAAAUUAACAGCCACUCACAAGGGAGGGGCGAGAUCAUCGCUAGAUUUAGGACCUUUAAUUUGCAAUGCCACGUAGUAAACGUAGAUCGACGACAGAAAUGAGUUCCAAUGAAGAUGACAGAUAUGCGUCUAAAAGGCUUCGAAACUCCAGCUCUCGGCGAGUUUCUCGUGUUGAGGAGGCCCAGUCGUUUAGUCAGAAGCGAUGUCUGGCAUGGUUUAGAGAGUACACGACGCCGGACGAUCCCGAUACGUUAGGACCAGAAGGAAUGGAGAAAUUCUGCGAAGACAUCGGAGUGGAACCAGAGAACGUCGUGAUGUUAGUUUUAGCGUUUAAAAUGCAAGCAAGACAGAUGGGGUUUUUCACGAAGGAGGAGUGGCUCAGGGGGCUGGGGGAGAUGCAGUGCGACUCGAUACAGAAGCUGCAGUACAGACUGGACUAUUUACGUUGUCUUUUAAACGAUCAAAAUGUUUUUAAAGCCAUCUAUCGAUACGCAUAUGACUUUGCUAGGGAUAAGGAUCAAAGGAGCAUGGAUAUGGAGACUGCGAAAGCGAUGCUCCAACUUUUGCUGGGAAAACAUUGGGCCCUUUACACGCAGUUCAGUCAGUUCCUUGAUCAGUCAAAGUACAAAGUUAUAAAUAAGGACCAGUGGUGUAAUAUCCUCGAAUUUUCACGGACCAUCUACAAUGACCUAUCCAAUUAUGACGUGGAUGGUGCUUGGCCGGUUAUGUUAGACGAAUUUGUAGAAUGGUUGAAAGCAUCGAGAGCUAAAGCCGCCAUAAAAUCAUGAUUAUACCCAAUUGACCGUUUUACUGGAAGUGCAAUGUAAUUUAUAUAAUCAAUUUUUUUGUUUUACACGACUUCCAGUCAAAAAUUUAAAUGCAAUGUAAUGAUAAUAAAAUUGUGUAAUAAAAUUCAUACGUUUAGAAAUCUGUCUAUAACAUUGUAACUCAGAACUGACUUAGUUAAUUUAUUUUGUUAAGUGUAAGUUUUUGGUAUUAUUGUUCAGGUUUAAUUGAAAUGAAAAAUCGAUAAUUUUGUAUGUUUUUGUUGUAAAAUAAAAUUACAUCGUAAAUUAGGAAAUAUCAAUAAAUUCCAUUAGAAAAUUGAUUCAUUUACAAUA